AUGCCGCAGAUGGAGUCCUUUAUGCGCCCAGUCCAUGAUGGACGUCAAAUACACCGUGCGUUCAUUGCGCUGGGGAGCAACAUGGGAAACCGGAUCGAUAUGAUUGAAAAAGCAUGUAUUGAGCUGGACAAGGCCAAUAUUAGAGUUAAAAGGACAAGCUCGCUUUUCGAAACAGCGCCGAUGUAUGUGCUGGAACAAGAUACAUUCAUCAAUGGAGUCUGCGAGGUCGAGACUACCCUCUCGCCCAUCGAGCUUCUGGAUGCAGUGCAGUCUAUUGAGAACGCGCUGGGUCGAAAAAAGCUGAUCGACAAAGGCCCAAGGUCAAUCGACCUGGAUCUUCUCUUAUAUGAUCAAGAAAUAUUUGAACAUGAACGAUUAAACAUCCCGCAUAAAUUGAUGCUGGAGAGAGACUUUGUUCUCCGGCCACUUUGCCAGUUGAUCCCGCAUGAGCGACCACCUCACUCAAAAUCUAAUUCGUCAACUUAUCUCGAGCACCUCAAAGCUCUUCCACCACCAGAGCCAACACCUCAUUCAACAACACCAAUCUCGGCAACCUUCCCAUCAAUUCAUGCUACCGAUCCUACCCGCAACACCCACGUCAUGGCCAUUCUGAACUUGACGCCGGAUUCUUUUUCCGACGGGGGCGUACAUUCCCCAUCGGACUUUACCCAACUCACUCAGACGGUCCGCAACUUCGUCGCGUCUGGUGCCACCAUCAUCGACAUUGGCGGCGAGAGCACCCGUCCAGGCUCCACUCCCGUCGGCGCAGAUGAAGAGAUCGCUCGGGUGGUCCCUGCUAUCACCCACAUUCGCCAAGCUAUUCCAGAAGCUGCCCACAUUGCCAUCAGCAUUGAUACAUAUCGUGCACGAGUGGCCGAAGCAGCCUGCGCCGCUGGUGCUGACAUCAUUAACGACGUCUCGGGUGGUCUUUUGGACCCAGACAUGCUGCCCACCGCCGCCCGUAUCAGAAAAUCCAUCAUUCUAAUGCAUAUGCGAGGCACACCUCAAACGAUGACAAGUCUUGCAUCGUAUCCAAAUGGUGUGAUUUCCGAGGUAGCCGUCGAGAUGCGAAAGCGCCUCGCCGCUGCUGAAGCCGCUGGUAUCCGACGGUGGAGAAUCAUUCUCGAUCCUGGCCUGGGUUUCGCAAAGAAUCAGCCCCAUGACUUGGAAAUUUUGCGCAACUUGCACCAGCUGAAAGAAUCUGAGGGUCUUGAAUGUCUCCCGUGGUUGAUGGGCCCAAGUCGGAAGAGAUUCAUCGGGCAUAUCACCGGGGUGAAGACGCCGAAGGAGCGCGUCUGGGGUACCGCUGCGACAGUUACGGCCAGCGUUGCGGGGGGUGCUGACAUUGUGCGUGUGCACGAUGUAAAGGAGAUGUGGCAAGCCACAAAAGUUGCUGAUGCGAUUUACCGAGUUUAA